CCCCACUUUUAGAGAGAGAGAGUAAGAUUUUUUGCCGUCGCUAGUCUUCCCGCUGCCAUCCUCGUCUGUUCUCCGGCUCCGCACUAGGUUAGUCCUCUUCGGCCUUGCUCUUCCAUGUCUUCCCAAUCCUCAGUCUUUCGUCGGUCCGCGUCCGAACGCGACGUCGAGGGUUCCGUCACAGGCUCCGCCCAGGAAAGCGACUCCCGCUCGGCCUCCGUUGAGGAGAUAGUCGAGGCGGUUGAGAUCCCUCUUCAGUCUGAGCCUCGCAACCAGAGGCGCACUGCCCUGGAGGACUCGGGGAUCCGAGCGCGGAAAUGCACCCUCACGGCUGAGGAAUUUCGCAAGGCGAAGCGCUUGGCCUCGGCGCCGGGUGUGGCCGUGCGUCGUCCCACCCCCGAGCAGUCAGUCUUUGAUGCUCCUUCGGGUUUCUUCGCUAUCCACCUCAAAUCCCUCGAGUACGGGUUUCGUUUCCCCCUCCAUCAGUUGGUCAUAGACUUUUUCCAACAUUUCGAUCUUCUCUCUUGCCAAGUCGUGCCCAAAUCCCAUCGUUACUUGGUCGGGUUCCUUAUCCGUUGCCAAAGGACCGGGGUUCGCCCCGAUCUGGCCCGCUUCCUGUUGCUCUUCCGGUUGGCGAAGUCAUCUGGUCGGGCCAACUCAGACUCGGGUUCGUACGCCUCUAUCUUCCAGAGGCAAGAGAGGCUUUUCAAGACGAGGAAGGACUCCGCCAAGAGUUGGAAGGGGAAGUUCAUCUUUGUUUCUCUCUCCUCGGGCUCCCCUUUUCGUAAAGAGCCCCUCAGUUCCUUUCGACGCCGCUCCGCGUGUGUUACCUCGGACAAGAUGCUCGAAGACGUAGAGAAGCUCUGCCAAGGGGGGCCCUUUGAAGUCGGCUCGGUGGUGACGAAUGAGGAACUAGCGGCACUCGGCUUCGUCUUCCUAUCCCCGGAGGAUACCCAGAGGAGCAUCGAAGAAGGCCCCUCAGGUGAAAUCAUGCUUUCCAGCGCCGAGCGGAUGAAGCUCAUGUUCCCGGACGCUCCGAGCGGCAACUCCCAGGCUCCUCCCUCAGGCGGCCGUCCCCCGACUCCCCCCGUGAAGCCGACAUCCGAGACGACACAGAAGAAGAAGAGGAAGGAAACGGCCUCGGCCGCCGACGCUUUGCAGGGGUCGGAGUCCCCCAUGAUGAAGGACUUCGGCCAUCCCAAGUAUGUCAAGGCGGCCUUCCCCGCUCGGGUCUCCUUCCUAGACCGGGAUUACGACCCGGAGACCUUCCUGCGCAGCUUUACUCCUCCAACCGAUCGUGCCAAGCUAAAAGAUGUCGACCGGGAGACUCUGGCCUCAGAUACCUUCCAUGAGCUGGGCUCGGCGAUGAUGCGCAUGGUCGACAUGAGUCGGCGGCUGCGCGCCAGUGAGGACGACCGGAGUAGGGCUUAUGUUGAGAUAGCCGACCUCAAUGAGGCCUUGAAGGCGGCCAAGGAACAAGCUCGCCAGGCCGAGGAGCGGGCUCAACAACUCGCGGAGGAGGCUGCUCGCGAGGCGCGCCAGGAGGCUCGCGAUCGAGCCGUUGCCGAGUUCCUAGCAUCAGAUGCAUUUCAGGAGGAAGCCUUCACUCGCGUGAAUGAUUUGCUCAAGGCAUGGGGGCAGACUCCUGAGGGCCAGGCAUUCGCCCGCUCCGAAGGAACGUCGUGGUACAACCUCGGUCUGUUCCGAGCGCAGCAAGUCCUCUCGGAUAGGUUCCUCGCCGGGGAGGACUUCCCCGAGCCAUGCGACAAUCCUGAUGAGCUUGACACUUCCAUCUACUACCCAAAUGGCGGGAACUCAGCCGGCGAGCAGCCGAGUGCCGAGUGAAAUGACUUGAAACUUUGUUGUAUUUGAUGUACUGCUGCUCAAGACUUUGUUCUUUUUUUUUUGAAUUCGGAUAUGUUAUGACUUGAUGAUUCGUACGGAUGUGCUAUGCCUCUGUUUUGCGUUUAAUCUUACUGCCCU